UGCCAUAUCCAUUUUGACUCACAAACCAAACCGAUAUCAAGAUAUCAACAGCUUCUCCUCCCAAAAGAAAGACACCUCAAAUCAACAAGCGAUAAUCAGAAUGGCCUUCUUGAGAAAUUUAGUGGCAGCUAAGCAGACGAAACGCCGGCCUGUCAGCGAACCAUCGUCGACGCCAAAAGGGUUCAUGGCCGUAUACGUCGGGGAGAAUCUGAAGAAGAGAUAUGUGGUGCCGGUUUCUUACUUGAACGAGCCAGCGUUUCAAGCCUUGCUGAACAAAGCCGAGGAAGAGUUCGGGUUUGACCAUCCAAUGGGCGGCUUGACUUUACCCUGUGACGAAUCUCUCUUCUUCACCAUCACUUCUCAGAUUCGCUGAAUCUCGAUGAAGAGAUAGCCUUUUUUUUUUAAAGUUUGGUAGAACACACAUUUUUGUAAAAAUUUUACACUUUGUUGAUUGACAGGCAGACCAGAAAUCCAAACGAGAUUGAGAUUUAAUUGAUAAUAAUCAUAAUCUUGGAACUUC